AUGCUUUCACGUGCUUCCGCUCCUCUGCGUCGUGCAACCUCGACGGUCGUUGGUGCUGCUCGUAACGCCAGCACCAUCCAAUCCAUCCAUGCACGUGAGAUCAUUGACAGCCGCGGUAACCCCACGGUCGAGGUGGACCUGACACUGUCUGGUAGCUCCGAGAUCUUCCGUGCGUCGGUGCCAUCGGGCGCUUCCACGGGUAUUCACGAAGCCGUAGAGCUGCGUGACGGUGGCAAGCGAUAUGCUGGUAAGGGUGUCCAGCAAGCCGUGCAGAAUGUCAAGAAUGUGCUGGCUCCCAAGCUCGUCGGUGCCGACCCGACCAAGCAGCGUGACAUUGACGACCUUAUGCGCGAGCUCGACGGCACGGAGAACAAGGGAAAGCUGGGUGCCAAUGCCAUUCUAGGUGUGUCACUCGCUGUGGCCAAGGCCGGUGCUUCUGCGAAGGGUGUCCCACUUUACCAACAUUUUGCAGACCUGAUCGGCAACAAGAAGUUGGUACUGCCUGUGCCCAGCUUCAAUGUGAUUAACGGCGGCUCGCACGCUGGCAAUAAGCUAGCAUUCCAGGAGUUUAUGCUGCUGCCUACGGGUGCUGAGAGCUUCUCCGAGGCUAUGGUCAUGGGCUGCGAGGUGUAUCAUGAACUUAAGAGUGUCAUCAAGAAGAAAUACGGCCAGGACGCUACCAAUGUUGGUGACGAAGGUGGCUUUGCCCCCAACAUUCAGAGCAACCGUGAGGGUGUAGAGCUCCUGAUGACUGCCAUUAACCGUGCUGGCUAUGACGGCAAGAUUGGCAUUGGCAUGGACGUCGCAUCGUCCGAGUUUUUGACGAAGGACGGCAAGUAUGAUCUGGAUUUCAAGACAGAGGGGUCCACGGAACUGUUGUCGGGUGAAGAACUGGGACAGCUGUAUCAGGACCUAGCUAAGGAGUUCCCGAUUGUCAGCAUCGAGGACCCUUUCGACCAAGACGACUGGUUGCACUACUCGUCCUUCACUAACGCCAUUGGCGAGAAGGUUCAGGUCGUGGGUGACGACUUGCUGUGUACCAAUCCUAAGCGCAUUGCUACCGCCCUGGACAAGAAGGCUUGCAACGCGCUACUGCUCAAGGUGAACCAGAUCGGUAGCGUCACCGAGAGCGUGGACGCUGUGGCACUCGCGCAGAAGAACGGUUGGGGUGUCAUGACGUCGCACCGCAGUGGCGAGACUGAGGAUUCGUACAUUGCCGAUCUGGCCGUUGGUCUAGCCACCGGCCAGAUCAAAACGGGCGCCCCGUGCCGCUCGGAGCGUCUAGCCAAGUACAACCAGCUGCUGCGUAUCGAGGAAGCUCUCGGCAGCAACGCCACAUACGCCGGUAAGCACUUCCGCAACCCCUCCACAAUGUAA